ACCAUUGCGUGUGCGUGAGGUGAGGGUGUGCAUAUGCACAUACACACACCUGAGGGAGGGGGGAAGAGAGCGAGAGAGAGAGAGAGAGAGAGAGAGAGAGAGAGAGAGAGAGAGAGAGAGAGAGAGAGAGAGAGAGAGAGAGAGAGAGAGAGAGAGAGAGAGAGAGAGAGAGAGAGAGGGAGAGAGAGUCAUGGUAUAUAAUACUCCCCAGCCCAUCCUAGA